UGUUGUCCAAACAACAUACAUUAAUCUUGCUGCUGCUGACAGACCAAUUACUUAAUCUACAAAACACUGGGUCUCGGUUUAGAGAUGAAAAAGUUAGUGCUUAUACAGUUAUAUUUUCUAUCUUUAAAUGAGUUGAUUUUAUGUACAUUCCAGCAGUCUGCCUUCCAUGAAACCUUUGUUGAAUUGAAUCAGUGUAACAUACCAUUUGAUUGUCAAGAACAACUGGAGCAUUUCUACUCUGAUGUAAUGUUGGAAUACCUGAGCAAAACCUUCUCAACUGGAGAAUACAGUGGCGAAACACUGAUAGACAUUGGAACAGGACCUACGCUACACAGUGUGAUAAGUGCCAGUUCUUACUUUGAAGACAUUAUUGUCACUGAAUUUACUAACCAUAAUUGUCAAACAAUUGAGAAAUGGAUUAACAAAGAAGAUGGACAUUUCAACUUAAGCUCAGCAAUCCAAUAUGUGCACAAAUUGGAAGCAACAAGGACCCCAGCCCAAGUCGAACAGCAGCUGAGACAGAAAGUGAGGGUACUGAAGAGUGACCUUCACCUGGAAAACCCCUUCGAACCCAUCACAGUAGGAUAUGCAGACUGUGUAAUAACUAGCCUGUGUUUUGACCCUGUUUGUGAUGACCCAAUAAUGCAUUUUCAAGCUUUGAAUAAUGUGACAUCCUUACUCAGCCCAUGGGGGACGUUGGUGAUGGUUGGAGUCAAGGUGGAUUGGGACUACAAGCUACACAACACCGUUUUUCUGGGUCGUGAUAACGUAAUACAGGACAAUCUGAAAGCCCUGUGGUUCCACAUAAUUGAGUUUAAUACUGUGUAUGAUCAUAGAGGUGUGUUUGUUUAUGUGGUGGCAGUUAAGCUAGAUUAGUUUACUUUAUGUAAUUUGUAAACCUUGUUUUCACUUACUGGCUGGUGGGGUAUGAUAAUGUAGUUGAUGAGUAUGAAUCAGCCUUUACUAUGUAUGUUACUUAUAUUAGAUAAUGAAUCAAUUGUUAGAUAGUGGUUAUAAUAGAUGACUAUGAGUAAUGGAAAAGUUUGCAUCAUUGAUUAACUUGAGAAGGACUAUACUCUGCUCCAGGCUUCUCUGUUCUGCUCUCCUCCUACACCUCUCCCCCUCUCCGGAUAUACUGAAAUGCUUUCCGGAUAUAAUGAAAAUUAUCUCACACUUACAUUCUCAAAGCUUCUUACUCAUAUUUAUGAGACUUGAGCGUUUCAUACAGUUUGUGAAUGUGUUUCACAUGCGUCUGUGCAAGCAUUUCAUAUAAAUAUGUAUGUGAAUGUUCAGUAGUAUGAAUGUGUGUAAACAUUUCACGUGAAUUUCAUAUCGUAUCGAUGCGAGCAUUUCACAUAUGUGGAUGUGGGUUUUCAGUAGUAUGACUGUGUGAACGUUUCAUGUGUUUUUGUAAGGACAGGCUGAAUUAUUUCCUAAACGGCCCCUCAUCUGUUGUUGCUCAUUUGUAAUGUACAUUUUGUUGCUUAGUGAGAAAAUGCUUGAUUUCUGAUGAGAUGUCAAAUUGGUACGUGCAAUGCGAAUUGUCCAAUUGCAUUGCACGUUGUAUGGGCGUGAUACUGUAGCAUCAGACAUAAGGUAUGUUCGACUUCAUGCAGCGGCGCCGACAGCCGGUUGCAGCCGGCUGCCUUGAAGCUGAGAAUGCCAUUGGCUGCUUUAAGUCACACCAGCGCUGCAUGAAGUCGAACGUACUAUUACGGAAAUGAUGCACCCCUCAUUUCGAGGAUUAUUUUUUCCAACUAGAUAGACACAUAAAACUGGAGAGAAAGCAGACAAUGAUAACUCAACGCCAAAAAAUAAUUCUCUCCGCACUCGUCUUUGUAAUUGUCUCCAUUGUUAUUGCUAUUGGAAAAACUCAGGAGCUCCUGAGCAUGCCGAGUCCUUUAACGAGUACGCUUGGCAUCCUUUCUGUUGGUGGAAUGACGCUCCUUUGGCGAGACAUCAGCUCCCAAAUUAAAGGACAAAACCGAACAUUAAGCAGUUUGCUCAGCCAGUAUUUUGCAGUGAAGUUCGUUGGUUGGCUUGGAAAGCGGCAAAGAAGUAAACUAGAAGCCGACACACUGAAUGUACGGCAAGUCCAAGAGGAAACUCUACUGAAGCGCUUGCGUAAGAACGCGCAGACAUAUUAUGGAAAGCAGUAUGAUUUCAGUUCAAUCAAAGAUUGUGAAACGUAUUGCUUGCGGCAUCCUGUAACGACCUACAAGCACUACAGAGAGCUGAUAAAACGCAUCGCCCUAGGUGAGGACAAGGUCAUCAUUGCUGAGAAACCUUUGAUUCUUGCUUUGACCUCUGGUACAUCAGGAGCCAGUGCCAUGCUACUGAGCACUAAGGACACCAACACUGAGUUCUUCUUACAGGGUGUGGCAGUCUGUCUGGAUGCCAUGCGGGGGGCCUUCCCUGCCAGCGAGAGCCUCCAGCGCACCACCAAGCUCUUUUACACACCAACGUUUCGCCAGUCAGAGGCAGGGAUACCCAUCGGACCAAACUCCUCAACGCCAGCCUCCUCACGUCACAUGCUCAACCUCUACACCACCCCAGCACCUGCCUUCCAAGUGCCCAGUGAGAAAGACACCCUCUAUUUGCAUCUUCUGUUUGCUCUCAAAGACCCAAGUGUGGGCACUCUUGAGUCAAAUUUUUCCUCCACAGUCUUCUAUGCUUUCAGUGCCCUGCAGGAUCGCUGGCAGGAGUUGGUGGAGGACAUUGAGCUGGGUCAUAUCAGCCAGACUUUGGCCCUGGAAUCUGCUGUGCGAACCAGCCUGGAGAGUCUGAUGAAACCAGACCCAGGGAGGGCUUCCGAGCUCCGGGCCCAGUUCCAUCAAGGGUUUCUGGGCAUUGCCAAGCGCCUCUGGCCCCAGCUUAACCUGGUCUUGACUGUGGACUCGGGCUCCAACCAGAUCUAUGGAGAGAUGCUGAGGGAGCACUACUGUCAGGGAGUGCCAUUCUACUCACCCUUCUAUGCUGCUACUGAGGGUCUCAUCGGGGUGAACCUGUGGCCUGAGGAACAGCCCAGGCGCUAUCUGCUGUGUCCUCGAUCAAUGUUCUGUGAGUUCUUGCCUGAGGCCAGCCUGGACCAGGAACAGCCUAAAACACACCUUAUGGACCAGGUGGAAGAGGGACACAACUAUGAGCUGGUCAUCACCAACGCUUCAGGUCUCUUUAGAUAUCGUCUCGGAGACAUUGUGAAAGUGGUUGGGUUCCACAACCAGUGUCCUGUUGUGGAAUUUCAAUACAGACGCGGUCAGAUGCUGAGCGUACGAGGAGAGAAGAUAUCAGAGUCCAUGUUUUUGGGCGCUCUAAAGAAAGCCGUGGAACAGUGGCCCGGAGCGAACCUGCUCGACUACAGCUGUGCUGAGAGCGGCCUUCUGGGUGACUCAUCCGGGGGGUCAGACCCUCACUAUCAGGUCUUUGUAGAGCUGGAGGGAGUCAGGAACAUUUCAGAGGAGCAGCGUUAUAAGUUGGACCAGUGUCUGCAGGAGGACUCUGCUGUCUACAAGUCGUUCCGCCUCAAGGGUAGCAUCGGUCCAAUGAGGGUACACCUGGUGGCUGGGGGGGCUUUCAAUGAGCUACGCAAACAGAUGAUGUCCUUCUCCAACACCUCACCAAACACCUUCAAAAUGCAUCGUGUGCUGCGCAGGAAAGAGUAUGCUGACUUCUUGUUGGGGAAGACCGUUUCCUGAAUGCUUGUAAGGCUGUGAGGGAAUUUUUUUGGUCUGAAGACUUUGUCAACCAGGCAUCGUAGACGUUGCAUGUGGUAAUGGAAUAGGCGUGUCAUUUAUAAUACUCAGUCUGCUCAAAAGUGAUCUAAUUUAUCAACUUUUUCUUUUCAUUUUACUUUCCCAGUAUUAAUGCAGAGAAAGUUUCAUUGCACUUCAGGAAUUUGAUUUCCAUGACAAUAAAGAACACAAAAUUAUACAUUG